AUGUUCCAAUGGGUAAAAUGUCAGAUUGAUCAGCUCUGUCGACUUCGUAAUGACAAAGCUGUCCGAAACGCAUUGGAUGAUCUACCAAAAACAUUGCACGACACAUAUUUCCGUAUCCUCCAGAGACUGCAAAACGAGAACGAAGACGAAGUUGAGAUAGUACACCGUCUACUCAGAUGGCUUGUUCGAGGUGUACGAAAUCUCACUCUGAGCGAAUUGGCUGAAUGUGUUAGCAUUGUUCCUGCAGAGGCCGAGGAUACGUUUGAUUUUGAUGCCGUGUUCACUGACCCAGAAGAUGUAAUCGAACUGUGCGGAAGCCUUGUCAGCCAGUCGGCCAACGGAUCGGUUGGCUUGGCGCAUUAUACCGUCAAGGAAUUCCUUGUCUCCGAAAGCCUCAAAGAGGUUAUGCCACAAUUCUGGGUGGGGAAUGGUGAUGUUCACACUGAGCUAGCCAGUGUAUGUCUCACAUACCUAUGCUUUGAUGAUUUCUCGGAGGAUCCGCAUGGCAAUGGUGAUGCGCUUCUCCAGAAAUUUGAGGAAUACAAGUUUUUAUCCUACGCGGUUCAGGCCUGGGGAUCCCACGCCCGCCUCAGUGAAUUGAACGAUGAUGUCUUUGAUCUGAUAAUGAGACUCUUUGAAUCUGGCGAUGCGAACAAGGGAAACUAUAAGUUAUGGUGCCGGAUCUAUCAACAUCUUCAGAAAGCAGUCGGCCAAGUCCUGAAGUUUUCGAACUGUACGCCACUAUACUUUGCCUCCUUGUUCGGCUUACAUACUGUUGUGUCGGCUUUUAUAGAAAGCAGCACCAACGAGAUGGACAUCAAAGAGCCAAUGAAGGCGGCAGGUAAUGCUGGCCAUGAUGAUGUCGUCCAGAUCUUCUUGGACAAAUGCAACCCGGUGGACCCAUCAAUACUCUCCCAGUGUCUCUAUGUGGCUGCAUCCAGAGGGCAUGAAAAGGUGGUUAAGCAACUACUAGACGCUGGAGUUGAGGUGGAUUCUCGCGGUGGCAAGAAUGGGACCGCGCUACAGGUUGCCGCUCUCGAGGGUCGCUAUGAAGUUGUCUCGGUACUUCUCGAUUAUAAGGCAGACGUCAACCUUGCUUGCAAACGAUAUGGAGUGCCUUUGGCAUCUGCUGCAGAAAAGGGCCACUUGCGCACGGUUCAGAGAUUGAUCGAACACGGGGCUUAUGUGAACGGUCGUGGAGGCUGGUACGCAUAUCCACUGACAUCGGCGAUUGUUGGCAAGAACAUGCAGAUCAUAGAGAUUCUGCUUGAAAACGCCGCUGAUGUCAAUGCUUUUGGUGGUCGACAUGGCUGUCCUUUGAUGGCUGCUGCACAUAUGGGCAUGCUUGACUUGAUACGCUCACUGGUGGACCACGGUGCUAGGGUGAAUGAUGAGAAUGACAAAGGGUCUGAUGCGCUGUAUGCUGCCUGUAUGACAGGGAACUUGGCUGCAGUGAAACUUCUGUUGGAAUUGGGUGCCGAUGUCAAUGCCAGGGGCGGCAAGCACCGUAAUGCACUUAAUGCUGCCAGCGCGGAAGGCCACCUUGAAAUUGUGAAACAUCUCCUUGAGGAAGGUGCGGACGUUGAAUUCUUCGACGAGCACUAUGGCAAUGCAGUGCAGGUGGCUGCCUUUGCUGGACAUAAGGAUAUUGUGCGCGUCCUGGCAGACGCCGGCGUGGAUGUCAAUGCUUCCGGUGGUGACCGAGGAACAGCCCUCAUUGCCGCUGCUCAAAAUGGAGAUUCAGAAAUCAUUUCUCUUCUCUUUGAGUUGGGUGUCCCGUCUGGUGAUACUCAAGAGAUAGACAACGCGAUUAUGAUAGCUGCCCGGAAGGGACAUGUUGAAGUCGUCGAGGCACUCAUCGAAGCAGGUGCCGUUAUGAAUGACGUCAGCACCAUGUCGGGCUAUCCUCUCUGUACUGCCCUGGAGGCUGCAGCAAACAAAGCACACCCCGCCGUGAUACAACUAUUAUUGGAUCGAGGUGCGGAUGUGAACUAUUGCAACGAAGGCCAUUUCAGCAUGCCAUUGAUAGCAGCUAUCCUCAGCGAACGAAGAAACUUAGACAUCGUCAAGAUUCUAGUCGAUUCUGGUGCUGAUAUAAAUGCCAUAGCAUCGCCCGACGCCAACUGUGCCUGUGCUCUUGCAGUGGCAAUUCAUGUGAAAGACUACGACAUUUUCAUGUAUCUUAUCGACAAGGGUGCGGAUGUGAAUUCAUCCCGCGCGAACUAUUAUUCUUGCUUGCAACUUGCCGCAGAGUCGGAUGAUCAACGCGUCAUAGACGUUCUGUUGGACAAAGGGGCUGAUGUGAACCUCCAAAUUGAGGAUAGUCAGGAGGACUCUGGCGGCAUUGCUGUAACGGCACUCCAAACUGCAGCUCUGUCGGGAUCGUCGACAACAGUCCGCAAGUUGUUCGAAAAAGGAGCACGCUUGUCAGUAGAGUCAACGGAAUGCCACUUCAAAUCUGCUCUGCAAGCGGCGUGCUAUCGUGGUGAUAUAGAUGUCAUUCAGACUUUGAUCGAACUCGGAAGUGACGUCGAUGAAGUUGGCGGGACUUAUGGGACGGCUCUACAAGCCGCCGCACUUCAGGAGAAAGUUGACGUGGUUCGAUUGCUCUUGGACGUUGGUGCCGAUGUCAACGUGAAGAAUGUUGGCGAAAAUGGCAGUGCGUUGCUUGCGGCUGUUGACCAGGGAUCUGAAGAUAUCGUAAAACUACUGAUUGAGAGGGGAGCUGAUGUCAAUUCACCGCUCACAAAGGAGUUUGAUAAUGUUUACCCAUUACAGGCUGCGGCCUAUCACCUGCACGAGACUAUCGUUCAGAUUCUCCUUGACGGUGGAGCUGAUGUGAACGCCAAAGGGGGUAAAUACUGCACGGCUCUUCAGGCAGCAGCCUCGGAAAAUGGUCCUGAUGCAUGUAGAAUGUUGUUGGAGCAUGGAGCGGACCCGAACAUUGUGGGCGGAAUCUACGGUACUGCAUUGCAAGCGGCCUACACAGGAGGCUUUUAUGAAGUCAUCUGGCUUCUCUUCGACCAUGGGGCAUCUCAUACUCUUUAUGGCGGAACAUAUGGAACUGCCCUUGGCAGUGCCCUCUCCGGAUCCUGCCAGACGCUGGUCGCGCGGCUCCUUCGGCAAUACCAAGCGGACCCUAAUGCCCCGGUUCGCAAAUACGGCUUCCCAAUCCAAGCUUGCAUCGCCAGGCGCUCAGAUGAUGCCAUCAACUAUUUGAUUGAGGAAAACGCCGACAUCAACGCACGUGGAGGUCUAUAUGGCAACGCCCUGAUAGCGGCCGUCGCAUUGGAGGACGAAGAUGCUAUUACAGCCCUUUUGGAUGCCGACGCGGAUGUCAACCUCGAAGGAAAUAAAUACUAUCCCUCUGCCGUACAUGCGGCAAUUGGAGCUGGUGACCUCCCGACACUCAAGCGCCUCGUUGAACGCGGCGCCAAUCUUCACAUUUGCGGUGGAAUCCGCGGUUCCACUCUCGAAUACGCCUCAUACAAGGGCUCAUUACCCAUAGUCCGGUACCUGAUCAAGCAGGGCGUCGACAUCAACACCGCCAGCCCAAGCAGAUACAGCACCGCUCUCCAAGCGGCCUCCAUCACAGGCAAACACGAGAUAAUCAAAUACCUCGUCAAGAAAGGCGCGAACGUCAACGCUCUGGGUGGCAAAUUCGGCACCCCCUUAGCCGCUUGUAUGAUGAUCGGCGAGGCCGAGUCUAUCGAGCUCCUUCUGAAAAGAGGCGCCAACCCGAACGCGAAGGGCGGUAUUUACGGAUAUCCCUUACAAGCGGCCUGCGCUGCUGGGUAUCUCGAAGGGGUUCUCAUUCUCCUGCGCCACGGCGCCGACGUCAACGCUCGAGGCGGCAAGUAUCACACCGCGCUUCAGGCGUCGUGCGUGCAAUACGACCCUGAUAUCACAGGACUUCUCAUUGAGCGAGGUGCAGAUGUUAACGCUGUGGGUGGGGCUUAUCGAUCCGCUUUGCAUGCGGCUGCGAUCGCCGGCUGGGAGUAUGGACUGGAGCUGCUGAUGAGAAACGGUGCAGGGUGGUGUUUAGUUGAUUGCAAGCCAUCUCAGUUGAGUGAAGACGUACUGGAGAAUGCCAAUGAAGUGCUUCAGAAGGCUUUGCAGAGGCAGGAAGAUGGAUGGCCGGAAUUGAGCGAUUCGGAAGACGAAGAUGAGGAAGACGAUGACGAAGAAGACGAGUGGGAAGACGAGGAAGAAGAAGAUGAAGAUGACGACAGUGAUGAUGACGAUGACGAAAGUGAUGAUGAAGACGAAGAAGAUGAAGACGAAGACAUAGAUUACGAAACAGAAAGCGAAGCAGAGGAGAAAUUCAUCCUUCCCUGGAACGUGGACUCGAUUCCUUUCUUCGACGCGCCGUAUGUUUACCGUGAAGUUGUCACAGCAGAGGACGAUAGUGAGGACGACAGCACUAGUGAGAACAGCAGCGAUGAUUCUGGAUCUAUUGGCAAGACAUCCUCGAAGACAGGGGAUUUGACAAUGUCUGAAACGUCGCCAGAGAGAAACAGCUCAGUCGGGAUGGAGGAUUAUUCGAAAGACUGGACGGCGUUGGAAUGGUUGCAAAUUGCGGAAGGGGAUAUUGGUCCGAAGGAUGAUUAG